UUGACCUACAAAGACAUGACCACCACCACCAGCCCCACGCACCCCUACUGGCCUCGGCAUCUGAGACUAGACAACUUUGUGCCUAAUGACUGCCCUACCUGGCAUAUCCUGGCUGGCCUAUUCUCCGUCUCUGGAGUCUUAGUUGUGGCCACAUGGCUGUUGUCAGGGCGUGCUGCGGUCAUCCCACUGGGGACUUGGUGGAGACUGUCCCUGUGCUGGUUUGCAGUAUGUGGGUUCAUUCACUUGGUGAUUGAGGGCUGGUUCAGCCUCUACCACGCGGACCUUCUCGGAGACCAAGCCAUCUUAUCUCAACUCUGGAAAGAGUAUGCCAAGGGAGACAGCCGAUACAUCCUGAAUGAUAACUUCAUGAUAUGCAUGGAGACUGUCACGGCUUACCUGUGGGGACCACUCAGCCUGUGGGUGGUGAUUGCAUUUCUCCACCAUCAACCCCUCCGCUUUGUCCUACAGCUUGUGGUCUCUGUCGGUCAGGUAUAUGGAGAUGUGCUCUAUUUCCUGACAGAGUACUGUGAUGGAUUCCAGCACGGGGAGCUGGGCCACCCACUCUACUUCUGGUUUUACUUUGUUUUCUUGAAUGCCCUGUGGUUGGUGCUGCCCGGACUCCUCAUACUGGAUUCUAUAAAGCAACUUGCUCACGCCCAGAGCAUACUGGAUGCCAAAGCUCCCAAAGCCAAGAGCAAGCAGAACUAA